CCGAAAUGUGCCUGGAUGGAAACACGAAGCUAAGCUAAUGCUAACAGCAGGGACCCUCGGCGCGUGCUCCGUAACACAAUCGGUUCGACACCACAGACUGACCGGAACCGACCGCAGAGGUCGAUUAAUCGAUCAGCCGCUGAUCGGUUCUCUGUGAUCAACUGUGUGCGCGCGGCUCAGCUAGGCUAACUGUUAGCACGGAAGUUCUGGACGGUUCUGCUAGCUGCUAAUGCUAAGCUAACAACCUAGGAGGGUUAAAGUGCCAACUUACCGUCCACGGUGGUAGUUUCGCUCACCUGUACUGAGAAGGUGGUUCACUUCUAACCUGAGUGUAUCACUGUGGGAACUGAUCAUCACCUGUACGCAGGUGAAGUUCCACAUUAGAAAUGAACACAUGAAGAUACAGGUGUGUUAUUCUAAAGAUGCUGAUGAUCCUGGAGUAGCAGACCUGUUCGUACCUGCUCACCUGAGAUCAGGUGAACUGAGUGUCCUAAAAAAAUCAAAACCACAAACGAGGAAAAUGCGGCACACGAACCAACACCGCAGUCCCCGAAUUUGACAGAACGCCACAGACUGAGCAGCAGGGAGGGCCGGCUCUCAUCAUGGAGAAUGGACAGAGCACCACCACCAAGCUGGGGCUGCCACCGCUCACCCCCAACCAGGCGGAGGCGCUGCAGAAGGCGAAGAAGUACGCAAUGGAGCAGAGCAUCAAGAGCGUCCUCGUCAAACAGACUCUGGCUCAGCAGCAGCAGAUCACCAACCUGCAGGUAUCCUCACAGAUGGCGUCUCUGACGAUGGGUUUGGGCGACGCUCUGUCUCCUCUGCAAUCGGUGGCGGCUCAGCGGCAGAGAGCGCUCGCCAUCAUGUGUCGCGUGUACGUUGGAUCCAUUUACUACGAACUCGGAGAGGACACCAUCAGGCAGGCCUUUGCCCCCUUUGGACCAAUAAAAAGCAUCGACAUGUCCUGGGACUCUGUGACCAUGAAGCACAAGGGCUUCGCCUUCGUGGAAUACGAGAUGCCUGAAGCGGCGCAGCUUGCACUGGAGCAGAUGAACUCAGUUGUCCUCGGAGGACGGAACAUCAAGGUCGGGAGGCCCAGCAACAUCGGCCAGGCUCAGCCAAUCAUCGACCAGCUGGCGGAGGAAGCGCGUGCCUUCAACAGGAUCUACGUGGCGUCAGUGCACCCCGACCUCUCCGACGAUGACAUCAAGAGUGUGUUCGAGGCCUUUGGAAAGAUCAAGUCGUGCAUGCUGGCCCGCGAGCCGACCACGGGCCGGCACAAAGGCUACGGCUUCAUCGAGUAUGAGAAGGCUCAGUCGGCCCAGGACGCCGUCGCCUCCAUGAACCUGUUCGACCUGGGUGGUCAGUACCUGCGCGUGGGCAAAGCCGUGACGCCACCCAUGCCCCUUCUCACACCAACGACGUCUGGUGGACUGCCCACUGCCGCCGCCAUGGCUGCUGCCGUCGCCACCGCAAAGAUCACAGCUCAGGAGGCGGUGGGAGCAUCGGUGCUCGGAGCGCUGGCCGGACCGGCGCUCCUGUCCCAGCAGCUCGGAGGCCUCCCUCAGGCUGUCAUGGCCCACCAGGCUCCAGGUGUCAUCACAGGUGUGACCCCAGUGAGACCUGGUGUGCCUCAGGUGGGCUUGGUGAACCCUGUGCUGGCCACGCCCCCAACACAGACGGUUUCCUUUGGUGCUGAUCCAAAGAAGAAAGAGGAGGAGGAGCGUCAGCAGGAGGUGCAGCAGGACGGCGCCAUGGAGCCGCUGAGCGACCAGGAGCACAUGAGCAUCAGCGGUAGCAGCGCCCGACACAUGGUGAUGAGGAAGCUGCUGCGCAAGCAGGAGUCCACCGUCAUGGUUUUGAGGAACAUGGUCGGGCCCGACGACAUCGACGACGACCUGGAGGGCGAGGUCACCGAGGAGUGCGGGAAGUUCGGCCAGGUGAAGCGAGUCAUUAUCUAUCAGGAGCGUCAGGGAGAGGAGGACGACGCCGAAGUCAUCGUCAAGAUCUUUGUGGAGUUCUCGGAAGCUGCCGAGAUGAACCGAGCCAUCCAGGCGCUGAACCACCGCUGGUUCGGCGGCAGGAAGGUGGUCGCUGAGGUUUACGACCAGGAACGCUUCGAGAACGGGGACCUGUCGGCGUAGAGCACGCUCGUCGGGGAGCGUAGCAUAGCGGGCUCUUUCUAACUUGUCUGUUUUUCAUCGGUGUUUGUCUCCAGGGAAACGUCUCCGCGUCCUCUGCUCCAGUGUUUCUGUGCAGGGUCAAAGGACGAAGCAGCUGCUUCUCAUGUUUCAGCUGCUCGCCGCCUCGCCGUUUCUUACAGCCACUGCUUUCCUAACAUGAUGUCCUUCGUUUCCAUGGUAACAGAAACGGGACACAGAGGGCAUCAGUUAAAAAUGUACCAUGAGCUCCGUGCUAACGUUAAGAGCUCAACUGAUUUACAUGGUCAGAUAUCAGUUUGUCAGCAGUUUCAUUGAGUGAUGUCACGCUCGACUCCACCCACUGUAGAUGGUGCCAGUGGAGCCGCCCUGCUGGACAAACUGUGUAUUGACGAGUUUCAUUUACUGAAUUUUUUUUUUU